AUGAAAAUGACAAACAACAAUACAAACACCAACCGGGAAACAUGGCGUCUGGCAGGUGGAGGCAGGCGGCAGGAUCAUCAUCGACUGACAGCGCACAACAUGUGCUUCUUUUCUCAGCAUCUCUCUCAAUCUCACACCACUCGCACCACGCACAUGGCCACAAGCACGCGCACGCGCACGCGCACAUACAAUGCCCAACGAUGGAUGCCGUUCCAAGUUGCUCCACGCCUCCUUCUGCGGUCAAUCUUUGUACUACUACGCCAUCUCCUCUCAUACGCGCCCAGCCUUCCACUCCGAUUGCGCUCCGGUAUUGCUUCUUUUCCCCUGCCUCUGGUCAUUAGGGUCGCUCCCAUAUGUACAGCCCUGUCGUCAUGUCAGGCACCGAUGCUGUGGAGGCUGGCACAGUUCGAGACACCCGGGAGACAACAGACAAACAAACAAUCAGGAGCCAGCCGGAUCCCAAGCCUUCUGUGGCUUGACCAAAAGCAAAAGAUGAACGAGACGACGUGGGCGUCGUGUGGCCACCUUUGCUGACGAUAGUGUGGGUGGGCAUGUGGGGGGGUGUGACAACACCACAACACCGAUGGCUUCGGUACAGCCGCUGAAACAAAACAAAAAACAAGAAGAAAACGAAGAAAAGAGAACUCGAGAGAACACAACAGCAUAAGAAGAGGGACCGCGAAUACGACGGCCAGAAAAAUAGCCGCUCGAAAGCCGCUAGCCAGCGAAGCAGUGAGCAAGCAUGUCC